GGUCCUCCACGGUGCCAACAGACGGACAUUACACGGCCGAGGAAAACAACAAACAGCCUCCAUCGCUAGGGUUGAGUUUUUUAUUACCAGUGUAGGUUGGUGUUAAUGUCUGAGUGCCGCCAUGGCAAACAGGGGACCAAGCUAUGGGCUCAGCCGUGAGGUCCAAGACAAGAUUGAACAGAAGUAUGCUGCAGAGUUGGAGGCUCGGCUUGUGGGAUGGAUCGUGGCCCAGUGCGGUGACGACCUGGAGCGACCUGAACCUGGCAAACAGAACUUCCAGAAAUGGCUCAUGAGUGGAACAAUUCUCUGCCGGCUCAUCAACAGUCUGUACCCCAGUGGUGAGGAACCAAUUAAGAAAAUUACAGAAACUAGUAUGGUCUUUAAGCAAAUGGAAAAGAUUUCUCAGUUCCUGCAGGCUGCUGAAGAUUAUGGUGUCAACAGAGGAGACAUAUUCCAAACUGUUGAUCUUUGGGAAGGAAAGGACAUGGCUGCAGUCCAGAGGACACUGAUGGCUCUGGGAAGUGAAGCUCUGACAAAGGAUGAUGGACAUUACCGUGGAGAUAAAGACUGGUUUCAUAGGAAAGCCAAGAUCCACAAGAGGGAGUUUUCUGAGGAGCAGCUGCGUCAAGGUCGCAGUCUUAUCGGCAUGCAAAUGGGAAGCAAUCGUGGAGCAUCUCAAUCUGGCAUGGUAGGGUACGGCACCCCACGGCAAAUCAUGCGGCAUGACUCUCCUCGACACAAUGGACAUCAGAGCAAUCCCUAAACACCAUACAGUUUGAUAUUUAAAAUCUGUACUGGAGCCAAAAGCCAAAUCUAGAGCUCCAGUUGUAGGAGGAAUGUGUACGUGUGUGUAUGUAUAUAGAUAAACCAUGGACUGAUGCUGCUUACACCAGUCUUUCAAUUACACACAUUAGUGUUGUCCCUUCACCCACAAUGCACCAGUGCUGGCUGUUAUUGUCAGGCAAGCUCCAGAUCAAGGCCAAAAUGUGCAAAAAAA